CUGAACCGUAGCGUCCUGGUGUGGAGCUCGUAACGGUCGCGUCCCGAACUGUUGUCACAGUGCCCAUGGCAACGGUGCUUGCUUCUAGCACCGUGUCAUUUGCCGCGCUGACUUUUUCCAGUCCGUGAUCAAUAUGUAGAGGAGGAGGAGAGACUUACUAGGUGUUUAAGAGUGUCGUGGCAUCAAUGACUUUAUUCAUUAUCAUCAUCUGCUGCUUUGCUGUUGCUGCUGCCGCCCUCUGGGGACCUGUCUCGAGAAAAAUGUCCGUCUUUCAAGUCUGCGCGACAAGUGGGCUGAAGAAGUAGUGCGAGACAGGAAACAUGACAGACGGGGCGAAUCCCAACAGCCGGAGUCUUAGGUCUAUCUUCACCGUAGAACACAAUCAAGCCUUGCUCAAAAGAUGCUCACAUUACUUCAAGAAGAGGCCACAGCAGCCCGCCGAGCCUGUAAGAUACGACGGCGUGGAGGCCCCUUGGGGGGCACGAUGCCUGGUCCAGAUCGGCAGCGUACUGGGGCACGUGCCCUUCUGCAGGCCUUGGCAUCCUGACCCGCCGCCCUUCACUUGGUUCUCCUUCAAAGCUCUCUACUCGGUCACCCUCGACGUCCUCCUCACCGUCGUGGCCAUGGUCGAACUUGUCGAUCUCUUGAUGCACAGCGGAAGCUACCCAGUCGGCAAGUGGAUAGUUCACGUGUGGCCCGAGGUCGUCCUGCAGCUGGCGCACGUGUCCCUGGUGGUCGUGACCCUCCCAGAGGCGCCCUUACUAGCCAAACUCCUCCGGAAGAUCAACCGUCUCCAUCACCCCAGCGGACCACUGGCUUCCUCGGUGACCUUCUCCCUGUGGGUGUUGAACUCGCUAGCGGUCAUCGUGAAGGUCACCCUUUACUUCGAGUACAAAGGCAAAGGCGUGUUCCACAGCAUCAAGGGCUUCAUUUACUACCUCUCGAACAUAUACGCUCGCAUCUACAUGAUCUGGCCGCUGGCCUUCGUCAUGCAGGUGUGCCUUUCGGUGAGAUCCUGCCUGCGGAGCUCCCGGGAGCUGGUUCAGGAGCUGGCCGACACCUCGACAGGAGAGAAGGUCGACUGCUUCCACCUGGAGGACGUCCGACUGUGGCACCGGCACCUGGCCGAGUACAACCACACCUUGGUGGAGAUCGCGUCCCCGGUCAUCCUCAUCAUCGCCGGGGAGGUGUUUUUCAGCUUCACGCCCCACAUGUACCACUACAUCGUCUCCUCUCUCCUGGCGGGGGAGCUCGUCCAGGGGAAUCCGCUGGCCAUCGCCGAGCUGCUCUACAUGGCAUCGCUCUUCGGCGUGUUCUUGGCGCUGGUGUUCGUCAUCAGCGCUGUUGUCGAUGAGUACAACAGCAUCAAACUGCCUCUUCUGGAGUUCCCCACGUACGAGGCGCCUCGUCUUGCAACCGACCAACUCACAGCUUUCAACUCUCAACUUUUUUUCCACGAUCCUGCCUAUACGGCCCUGGGAUUCUUCGUUGUGACCAAGACCAAUUUUCUCAAGCUGAUGGGAGUGAUCGUUGUGUACAUGUUCAUACUCGUCCCGUUUCAUUUGGGCGUUCACGGGGGCGACAACAGUUUCGAACACUCUCUGAACGACACAACGCCCUAUUUCCACGCUGCCAUGUGACGGAUCCCCACGGCAGAGGCCGCAGAUUUUCAUUCGUUCACUUUUCCACACCUGUGAUGUACUGAAGUCACCGACGGGAGAGCACUUCGGUCCUUCUUCGUUUCAAGUUUUUGUGUGAAGCCAAGCUGGAAGUGACGGCAGUCUCUUGGCCCACUUUGAUGCAUACAAAUGUAAAUAGGAGAUGAGCUGCAAGUGCGUCCUGCAGCUCGUUGAUAUGUAUACAUAUGAAUAUACAUACACACUUUUAAUGUAUAGUCACCAAAAAAAAUAAAUAAAUAAAAGGAGGGUACUGACACCCAAUUCUGAGGUUUUUUGAAGUUGUUCAAGAAAUGCAUAAUUAUUAGGUUUGCCUUGGUCCUUUUUGAUAUUUGUACUUAAGCAAACGGUUCUUGUACAGUCACCAACAAAAGUGUUGUCACCCUUAUCUCAGAGUUUUCAAAAGAAGACACACUUCAGAUGUUUCAUGUACAGUCAUCAUCGAAAGUGUUGUCACCCCGAUCUAGGAGUUUUCAAAAGAAUACACACUUCAGACGUUUAUGUAUAGUCAUCAUCGAAAGUGUUGUCACCCUGAUCUUGGAGUUUUCAAAAGAACAUGAAGUUUAGACUAGACGACUAAAAUCUUUGUAAUUCUUUGUAUUCCUUAACAGUGGCAGCGUGGCAAUGUGUGGCAGUACUUUUGUUUGUGACUGUAUUCAGAUUUUACUCAGUACCUAUGAAACUUUUACUCAGUACCUAUGAAACAGAUAUGUUUGUUAAUGUAUUUUGUCGAUAGAAUAUAUUGAUGUUUUGUAGCUCUAAUAUUUAUUGUAAAUUGUGAAUAAAUAAUGUCGGGAA